CUUUAGUGAUGAUAGCCCUCUCAACUCUGAAAUCUCAAGAACACGGAUACGGAUAAAUUUAGUUUUGAAGAAAAGGUAAAAAUCCCCACCCAUCUUCACGUAUCGGCCUAGCUAAGAUUCUUCUCACUCCCGUUGCAGACUUGCAGCUCCCAGAACACUCCAGAAUACAUUUAGCGUAGCAUUCGGGUAAAUGCCAAAACUUCUGCGGAAUCUCCAUACUUUUCUGUGUUGAAACGACUCAGGCAAGCUGCCAUGUUUUGCUCUUCAGCUGGCUCGGCAAACUCAUGGAAAUCAUCAGCCACCUUCAUUGAACGCCGACAGAAUAUUCACCUCCGGUGCUCAUUCAUACUAAAUUUAUCACUUCACAAUCGGCAUCGAGAUCUCAUUUUCCCUCCGACCAUCCUAAAAAGAUCUUCGCCUUAUUGCUUCCCACGCGCAUUCCUCGGCAAACCGGAUUCUAAUUCGAAGACUUCUACACAGUUCAGUACUGGAGAAGGAACGGAAGACGACUUUGUGACAAGGGUUUUGAAGGAAAACCCCUGCCAAGUAGAACCCAAAUACAAACUAGGGGAUAAGGUACUUACUCAGAAGGAAAAAGAGGCGUUGCAGAAUACAGGUCUUGAUAAUGGGGCCUUUGAGAUUCUAAAGAGGUUGAAUUUGAAGGGAUUUUCAGGGGAGAGGCACAAAGAAGGUCAUCCAGGGAAUCCUGAGGAGGUGUAUUUGAAGGACAUUUUGAGGGGAUAUAAAGGGAAGUUGUACGUUCCAGACCAGAUUUUCCGGUCUAACUUAUCAGAAGUUGAGGAAUUUGAGAAGAAUGUGGAGGAGUUACCAAGAAUGGAGUUCAAGGAUUUUCAGAAGUACUCAAAAACUGAUAAGGUUAAGCUGCUAACAUUCAAGGAGGAUGAUGGUGUGAAUUUUGGAGUUGGGUUUAGGGACUUCAUAGUGGAGUUGAAGGAAAUUCCUGGGGAUAAGAGCUUGCAGAGAACUAAGUGGUCACUAAGGUUGGAUUCGAAUUUGGCAAGAACCCUUCUGGAAGAGUAUGAUGGGCCACGUUAUGAAGUUGAAAAGCAAAUGAUGUCAUGUGUUGGGAAAUUACCAGAGCAUCCGCUUCCAGUGGCAUCUAAAAUAUCAACUAGACUGAUGUUAGAACUUGGAACCCUAGCAGCGGUGAUGACAUCAGCUGCAUUGAUUGCUGGUGGCUUCCUUGCUUCGGCAGCAUUUGCAGUGACAAGCCUUGCGUUUGUGGUGGCUGUUUAUGUUGUCUGGCCUGUUGCCAAACCAUUUGUCAAGCUGUUAUCGGGCAUUGCUUUUGAUGUCGCAGAGAGAGUGUAUGAUAAAGUCUAUGACGCUUUCGCUGUUGGAGUUUUUGCCAAGUUGCAUCAGAUAUACACGUUUGGUGGUAUCUCUUCCAGCAUUGAAUUGCUGAAGCCAAUCCUGUUUGUGUUUUUCACUAUGGUUCUUCUUGUCCGUUUCACUCUUUCAAGACGACCUAAGAACUUCAGAAAAUGGGACAUUUGGCAAGGCAUUGAAUUUUCUCAGUCUAAGCCACAAGCUCGUGUGGAUGGUUCGACUGGGGUCACAUUUAAUGAUGUAGCUGGUAUUGAGCAGGCUGUGGAAGAACUUCAGGAGUUGGUAACCUACUUGAAGAAUCCUGAUCUAUUUGAUAAAAUGGGGAUAAAACCACCACAUGGAGUUCUUCUGGAGGGCCCUCCAGGAUGUGGUAAGACCCUAGUUGCCAAGGCCAUAGCAGGUGAAGCCAGUGUUCCCUUUUUCCAAAUGGCUGGAUCUGAAUUUGUUGAAGUAUUAGUUGGUGUCGGUGCCGCUCGUAUUAGGGAUUUAUUCAAGAGAGCCAAGGUGAAUAAACCAUCAGUCAUUUUUGUUGAUGAAAUUGAUGCUUUGGCUACAAGGCGCCAAGGGACAUUUAAUGAAUCAACCGAUGACAUGUAUAAUGCAGCUACCCAAGAAAGGGAAACUACAUUGAACCAGCUCUUGAUUGAGCUAGAUGGGUUUGACACAGGGAAAGGUGUUAUAUUUCUAGGGGCAACAAAUCGAAUGGAUUUGUUAGAUCCUGCACUUCUUCGGCCUGGUAGAUUUGAUCGCAAGAUAAGAAUUCAACCUCCCAAUGCAAAAGGCAGAUUGGAUAUUCUGAAAGUUCAUGCACGUCAUGUAAAAUUAUCAGACACAGUUGAUUUAGCUAGUUAUGCCCAGAACUUACCAGGCUGGAGUGGGGCAGAACUUGCACAACUCCUGCAGGAGGCAGCUCUUGUUGCAGUCAGGAAGGGUCAUAACUCUAUUUUAAGCUCGGAUAUGGAUGAUGCAUGUGAUAGAUUGACGGUGGGACCCAGACGUACUGGGAUCGACUUGGGACAUCAAGGCCAGUGCCGCCGUGCUACUACUGAAGUGGGGACUGCUUUGACCUCUCACCUGCUAAGACAUUAUGAAAACGCAAAGGUUGAACGUUGUGACCGUAUAUCUAUUAACCCUCGUGGCCAGACCCUUUCCCAAGUUGUCUUCCAUCGACUUUAUGAAGAGUUCUAUGUGUUUGAGCGCCGGCCUCAACUAUUGCACCGACUUCAGGUGUUGUUGGGAGGAAGAGCUGCUGAGGAGGUGAUUUUUGGGCGGGAUACUUCAAAAGCAUCAGUGAGCUACCUUGCUGAUGCAACAUGGCUUGCCCGUAAAAUUAUAACAAUAUGGAAUUUAGAAAACCCAAUGACUGUCCAUGGCGAACCUCCACCAUGGAGAAAGAGUGUCAAAUUUGUGGGUCCGCGUCUUGAUUUUGAAGGAUCGUUAUACGAUGAAAAUGGCCUGAUCGAGCCUCCUCUCAAUUUUGAUAUGGAGGAUGAUGUUUCAAAGAGGACUGAAGCACUGAUGAGUGAUUCGUAUGGAAAGAUUGUGACUUUGCUGAGGCAGCAUCAUGCUGCUUUACUUAAAACCAUUAAGGUUCUUCUUAAGCAGAAGGAGAUAAGUGGAGAUGAAAUAGACUUUAUCCUCAGCAACUAUCCGCCAGAUACACCAGCAAGUCUGCUACUGGAAGAGAGAGAUCCUGGAACUCUUCCCUUAUCUCAUCAAGAACAAGAGCAUGCUAAUGAGCUAGAGUACAGUCUUUUGACAUCGUGAAGCAUAAUAGCAUCUUGUCUCUGAACAAGACUGAACUAGAAAAAUUAAACAAAAAAAUCUGGAAUUCAAACCCUGGGGAAGUUGACACUGCAAAGUGCUAGGCUGCUAGCAGGAGAUGCUUCAUAGCGGGGAAUGCUUUUUUGAUUUUUUGACGAGGUCUGCAGACAGAUGAAGACACCAAUUGCAUCUAUGCUUAGUAUUUAGGCAGAGAGAUAGAGAGUUCGGGGUGGGGGGGGGGGGGGGGGGUCUACAUUUUUUGUUUGAUGAGGAAUCCAGGUUUUGUAAGAUUAUUACUACGGAGUAGGAUUUAUCUGAUACUCCUCAAACAUCCCCAUUGCACAUAUGGGAUAGAGUGCACACGACCCCGUUCCAAACUGAAAGUAGAUUGGAACCAUUCCGGGUUUUAACUGAAGACUGAUCUGGAAAGCCGGUUACAAGAUCAGCUCAAAUUAUUUAGUGAUUUUUUGUCUGCUCCAAUUCCCCUAAAAUAGGCUGGGGUUGGCCGUUUUUAUUUCUGUUUUUUUUUUAAUUUGGCUUGAUAAUUUGGUAGGAAUCAGUGAUCUGAAAUUCGUAAGGAUUAAAUAUUUUCUUCUACAAUUUCGAAUUUAU